AUGACCGGAGAGAGUCGUCGUGACGGCCUUCGGCACUACUCGACCCCGCUACUCGAAGACGAGGAGUAUUUCGCCAACGCCAAUCCCGAAGACUCCGAGGAUUUCCCGCCACCGGAUGUCGAAGCCGGCAGCCCUCUACCCAUAUGGCUGCAGGAAUCAUCCAAAUCGUAUCGAUGGACUUGGGUCCCUCUCCCCUUACGAAAAGCCGGGCGCGCGACUGCAAAUUGGGUCAGGGGACCUGAUCCGCCACAUACCCUUCUCUUGAAACCGUUGUUUCCCCGCUUGCAAGAACUUCCUGUCAAGUAUCUAGAUCGCCUUCUUCCGAAGCGCAGACAUAAGAUCGUUCUUUUGUUACUAUUAUAUUUGUCCUGGUUCUUGCCAUGGUUCCUGGUUCUCCUUCACUCUCGCUCUGCAGGGUACAUAGAGGGCUACGGCCAGCUGCAGACCCUCUCAUGCUCCUCCAAUUUUUGGGAAUUCGAUAACGGGUGUGGUAUGAAUGGAAACGAUUGCCGGCCUUUCUCCUCCUCGAAGAUCGCCUUCCGAUGCCCGGCGAAUUGUCGCGACACCAUCUUGACGGAACCCCAUGUGGUUGGAAACCAGACUCUCAACUACCAGGGGCUUGUGAUCGGAGGGCCAAAGUUGCAUUCGUCCGAUCCGGCUAUAUACCGGGCGGACAGCUUCAUCUGCCAAGCUGCAAUCCACUCCGGUGCCAUCUCGAACGUUGACGGUGGCUGCGGUGUUGUUCAACUCGAGGGCGCUGCACACUCGUUCCCUCGCUUUUUGGAGUUGUCCUCUUCGCAAAGCAAUUGCCCGGCUGACCCGCGAUGGUCCCUGCUUGGGGUCACUGCCACUGCUGUUGGUCUCCUGUGGCUGUUCUGUACAUCGCCAGCGGUGCUGUUCUUCAGUACCUUCUUCAUGAUGUUCUCGCAUACGGGGUUGGUCGCGGAUCCUCCAUCGUAUCCUUACUUGACGGAACUUGUCUCAACCCUCUUGUCUCGACUCUUGCCUGCAACAUUCGUUGUAUAUGUAUUAUUCAAAUUCUGUUCCUUACCUGUGCUGAAGCCACUUUCUUCUCCUUCUUACCAACUGGAGAAGAUGCUGUUGUUCUUACCCCCUCUUUUCAUUGGAACCUUGAACAACUAUACUUUUGCACGAUGGAUUCCUCUGAAACGUCUUACCCCAAUGGACAUCCAGCAACAACCCGGGGCCAAGUUGGCACUGGCAAUCGUACUGCCAACUGUUCUCACCGUUGUCCUCAGCCAAGCAUGGCAAAUUCGCCAAGGUGGGCUCAUGCCACGGUACUUGAAGAUUUAUGGGACCAUGGCUCUUUUCAUCAUAGUCCUUGCCCCCUUACCUGGCCUGCGACUCCGCAUCCAUCACUACAUCCUGGCAAUCUUGCUCAUGCCAGGUACGGCUUUCCCCACCCGUCCGUCUCUAGUGUAUCAAGGCUUGUUACUUGGUUUAUUCAUAAACGGGAUUGCCAGGUGGGGAUUUGCUUCCAUUAUCGAGACUCCUGCUUCUUUGGGAGAGCUAGCGCCUGGACGAAGUGGCGGUGGUGACUGGUGGGGAUCUACGUAUCCCAAUAUCACAGCCUCUUCCAUCCGAAUUGAGCUGCCUGAUGUGGGAUCCAAUGCAACCUACCGCGGCAAUGGUAACAUCACCUUUUCCCUAUGGGAACAUGAGCGAAUGAAAAGUCUUUCCGUGGACGGAAUCUCAGUCCUGCUGAAUGAUGUUGAGCGUUGGCGCAGCUACUUGGACGAAGAUGAGCGGGGCGAGUUCACGUGGCACCGGCACGGCCAUGAUGGCCUCGAACUUCAGCAGUCGCCUGUUCUCAGAAGACGGGGAAUUGAUGACUCUGCUUUAGGCACUAACUCUCUCCUACUUGGUGAUGGUGAUGAUGCUGACGAACCAGAGGAUCUUUUCUUCAGGUUUGCUUUCUUAAGGGGGCGACUUGUUAUUCAAUCUGGGCCAUGGAACCUGAUGGCUCCGAUCACGAUGAUCGAGACCUGGGCAAUUUGGCUCGGCGUGCUUGAGAAAAAGAUCGACUCCAUCGAGGAGCGUCUUGGGGGCAUUGAGAAAGCACUUCGGGAGCUCGUUCUUUCCUCAAGGUUUCAUGGAUCGAAUCUGAGCAAAUCCUUUUCUUCGUCGCAGACGUCGCCUUUGCCCCAAGGGGGCAUGCCUUUCACGGCAUCAGGGCAGGCUCACUCUUUGAAAAAUUCCGAGUACACUCCGGAAAAGCCCCUCGACCAGCUCGAUCCAAUUUAUGAAUAUGAAGAUCCGUCUUCGCUUGCUUCUCACUCGGCUUAUGCGCAAGAGUUCUUAGAAACUGCCGUUUCGCGCAGUACUCCUGAUGUUUUCUCAAAUCCUAGGAUGAGCGAAGCGCUCUCAUCACUGAGGAAGAUGGUUGAACUUCAGAAUAAACGUCGAGAAACUGCUCCUCAAGUGGUUCAAUUUCUGAAUCACGGGUCAAUGCGACGGGAUGUUCGCGAUCUAGAGCUGCCCCCUUUGCCACUAGUAUUGUCGGUAUUGAGAAACCUUAAAGUUGAUUAUUUCAUCGAGAAAUGCCGAGAAGUGUACUUUUGCACCGAGGACUAUACUGAUGCAGCAUUCAUUAUCACAAACUAUGGUCUCUUUGGGGUCUUUUUAGAACUUGGAUUCUACGAGACCGAUCCCGCUCUAAGAGAAGAGCAUAAUCGAUAUACAAAGAUGUGCAAAGAUAAUCUUGAAGUGGCUUUGGCAAAUCUGAAUAUCCUUAUGUCAGCUACUAUGGAAUCUAUCGUGGCUCUCAUACUUGGAGCGCUUCACGGGAUCGACAUCUCCAAGCCCUCACUGGGCUGGACUCUGGCCUCUACUGCUAUCCAUAUGUGCCAGACAUUGGGAUAUCAUCGUUUGUCUUCGAUGGAAACAGAUCCAAUUGACGUUCAAAAGAGGAAGCAAAUCCUGUUCUGGUCUGCAUACUCAACUCUAAAUUUAAUGUCGCUCCGACUAGGGCGCGCGAGUGUCAUCCAGGAGUUCGAAAUCAGCCUUCCACCUCCCUCCGAAAGCUUUGAUCAACUGGGUCUCUGGGAAGAGCUGUAUUCCCUUUGGACCAGACAAGCAAUCAUCCAAAACAAGAUAUUUACCCUCUUGUAUAGCCCUGCGGCUCUGAACCAACCUGAAAGUGAACGAGUUGCCCGUGCUCGGGCGUUAGCUGCGGAGAUGAUCAAGCAUGUUAUCGAACCGUUCGAGGCAAGUCAAGGCGCUCAAUUAAAGCGAGGAAUCAUGCGACUCGCGAUCAUGACUUUGAUUUAUCGCGCGAUCCCUGAUACACCAAAAGACGCAGCAUCCAGCACAUUCACACACGAAUGUGUUGAGACUGCCCGAAGCGCUCUAGAGGAGCACCAGGAUUGCGUUACGGCUUUGAAAGAUUCAAGCGAGACCAUCCGAUGCUCGUAUAUGCAUUCCGCAAUCCUCGUAUCUCCCUUCGUUCCCUUCAUCGUGAUCUUCUGUCACGUCAUUACAAGCUCUGAUGAUAACGACCUCAUCCUCCUGGAAGAGUUCGUCGCAUCCCUUGUUCCUCUCCGCGCAUUCUCCCGAGCCAUUGACCGGCUCCACAACAUCUGCUCGGUACUCGGUACUGUUGCGCGCUUAUACGUCGAAACAAAGGCCCGGGGAAAGACCGACGAAGACAAAGAGCUUGUCUCAGUUGGUCAAGAGUUUGACGCCUAUCUCAGUGCUCUUGGUCUAGCGCCUAGCAAUGUCAUGGCUAGCAACCAAUCCUUUCUCCAGCCAGACAUGGCUCCUAUGCAUAUACCCCCAAAAAUAAUCCUACGCAGAGUUUGA